AAUGAAAUGAACGGAAGCACAUGGUACUUGAAAUUAUCACACGAUGCUUAGUUACUUUUUUCCAUUGGUGUAUUAAACUCAAGGUUAUUUCAGAAGAGAAAUCCAAAGAGCUUUAUUGAUAAAUAAUCUGUUGAAACGCUAGCACACAUAAUAUGUGAACGUAUUACUUUCUUAAUAAUAUGGAGCAAGAUAAUUCUCUACUCGUUAUUGCUUUACUCAUUUUACACACAAAUAUCUCGAUGAGCUAUUUUAGAUGUGGACCCGACCUUAAAUGUUCAUGCACGACAAUUCCGUCAGGAACGGUUAGAAUGGAUUGUAAAGCAAGAGAACUAAAGCUUCGUCAAGUUUGCGAAAGUAUUGUGCUUAUAUACCCAAAUGUGUCGGAUCUUAACAUUGCACGAAAUAACAUUGGUAACUUCAAUGCCGAGGACUUGAACCACUGUAGAUACAUCAGUAGUUUGAAUAUGAAUUACAACCAGAUUUCGUCUCUGCAUAGUGGUGUCUUUAAAGAUUUUCAAAAUAUAUUGACCCUUGAUUUGAGCGAUAACGUGCUGGACAUUUACAACAGGACGGCGUUUGACCCAAGCGUGCUACCAUCAUCUCUGAGAAUCCUCAAACUCUACGGCAAUUUUCGAGAGGAUUGCAGGCUUGGAAAAAGCUUUGCCUACCCACAUAUCUCUAAAUUACAGAAACUUGAGAUGUUGCAGAUGGAUGGCAUUGAAACAGAUUUUGGUCUGGAAUAUGAAAACAGCAGCGUUAGGAAUUUAACUCUAUCAUCAAAAGGACCUUUGGGUUUCUGCUCCAUAACGGAAAUAUUUGCAACAACUUUCCACUCGCUUGUAAAUAUACGUGUUCUUGAUAUAUCCUCGUGUAGAAUUGAAAAUAUUCACAGAGAUGCCUUCAAAAACAUGAAGAGUCUUGAAAUUCUGGACCUUUCUUUGAACAGGCGUCUAGGAUUUAGCUCUCUGAUGAAUGUUUCAUAUUCGCUCCAGUUUACAAAUAUCCAGUUUCUGAAUUACUCACGGGUUUAUACUUCAUUUGGCUUUGGAACAAUACUCUUGAAUAGAGAUAUAUGCUACCUACGGAAUACUUCUCUGAAAGCAAUCGCCUUUGAUGACAACAAGAUUCAAAUGAUUGAAGAGAACACGAAUUUGUUACUUCCUGAGCACCUUGAAACAAUUUACGCACAAGGAAACAAAUUCUCUCUUGGAUUAUACAUGCUUCAAUUCGGAUGUCUUCAAAACAUUUUACAAAUUCAUGCAAAUAACCAGAACAAGAUGCAUACACCUAUGGCAUACCUUGCGGAACCAACACCUAAAAACGACAAUGAUCGAAGCAGGGAUGCGGGCUGCCCAUUCAUAAAGGAAGAAAUUAUGAAGUCCAUUGCGAAAGAUAUUCCGAAUUGUUCGUACUUGCCAAAAAGUGGAACGGUCACUGAUAUGAUUCCACAUUUUCCAAGAUCGCUCAAAAGCAUUUAUUUUUCUGGCUGCAAUAUGGCAUACAGUGUUGACAGUACACAAAUUUAUAUAUAUCCAUCAAAUAACUCAGUUGAAGUAUUGGACUUUUCAAAAAAUGCUUUUCACUCUUUAAUCGGCAGGAUUGGGCCAUUUCCAAAUCUUAAAUUUUUGUCGCUCUCCCGUUCGUACUGUUCUUUCUUAAGUUCAGAAAUGUUGUCACUGGACAAACUUGAAAACCUUCAGCUUGAUCAAAAUUAUUUGGGAGGAAUGUUUGCACAGAUGGAAGAAGGAGACACGUUUGAUUAUCUUACAAAUCUGAAGACGCUAAACCUUUCAACCAAUGGUAUAACAUGCCUCCAAAAGAAUAUCUUUAGUCGUCUCAAAAAUGUUGAAGUAAUUGAUUUAAGCAACAACAACAUCGAACUAUUUGACGUCCAUGUAAAAUCUUUGAAAAAUCUGCUUCAUUUAAAUCUUCGAGGUAACGCAGUUUCUAAACUGGAUCAUAUAAUAAGACAACUCCUCGAAGACAAUUCAGAGCGAAAAGGGAAGAAUUUUACUCUGGAUUUACGCAACAAUUUUAUCGAAUACAGUUGUAGCAAUCAGAAAUUUUUGUACUGGUUGGUUGAUCAUAAAGAAAGUCUACAAGGUUUCGAUGAAAUGGUUUUCUAGGUUAAAUGGAAGCACUAUUAAUUCAAGUGGAUUUCUUCUUGACGUGCCCCACUUGCGUGCACAGUGUAGAUCAUAUACAGUUGUGAUUGUACUGUCCGCUUCGGGUGUAUUGUCAGCCUGUACAA